GGCGAGGACGGUGGACUGGGCGACGCGGUCAUGGAAGCCUUCAAAACGCUACAUCCACCUUCAGAGUACCCAGUGUCAAUUAGGGAAAACGACGAUUCCAUUUUUGUUGCCCACCUGAGGGAAAAGCUCGGCGAUUUUUUCGCCGAACGGUUACUAGGCGAUGCGGAGUGGGCGAGAGCGAUCCUGGGAAGUGGUUGAUUCGCGCCUGUUGAGUGGGUUUUGGCUGAUGAAUGGUUCUUGGACUCUUACGAAGUAUUGUCCUGCUUGACAAUUCAAGACUACCAGAUUGGUCCGGUGUAAUCCCAAGGCUCAUCUUCGUAUUAGAAUCGUCAAAAUCUCAAGGGUCGUCUUUUCUUCGAAUCGGGCAAUGCAACAAUGCCUCAACUGGAGAGGUGGUAUGGCACAUCGUGACGAGUGGGGGCUCCUUAUUCACAUAUUGGAGGUGGGAAAGAUGUAGCAUUAUUCUACGUUUCGGCAUCACAUCGUAGUUGUGAAUGGGAAUCAACUUCGGCAGGU